AAAAUAUGUAAAUAAAUAAAACAAAAUGUUGGCGGUUGAAAUAAAUUCGAUUUUAGGAAUAAUUUUUGCAAUUUUAACAGUGUUUGUUAAAGUUUAUAACACUUUUGACGAUAUGCAAUUGGAAAAUCAAGAUAUUACCAGCGAUCUAUCGGAUAACGAACUUAAAUUGGCUUUAAGUGACUUAUCUCUUAAAGAUUUGGAUACUUUACAAAAAUUUAUUGACUCGACUGAUUAUGAAGAUUUAGAUCACCAGGAUCAAAGAUUUAUAAACACAAAUGCUAAGACUUUAGAUGGAAAUAACUUUGAGGCUCAAGAUUUCGAUAAUAUAAUGUAUUAUAACCCCGAACAAGAAGAUUACAAUUUUGAGCCCCUAAACAAUAAAAACGAUUUAAAUUACUAUAUUAAACCAAAGGAAGAAAAUCAAAGAGCUAAAAGAGCUGAUGAAAAGACGAAUACAAAUGAGGAAUACUUAAAACAAUUGGAUUAUUCAUUUCCCCAAACUGACAAGCAAAACCAUAAGAAUUAUGACAAUGAUUUUAAAAACCAACAUGUUAGAGUUAAAAGAAAUUAACUUAACAAUUUUAUUAAACUGUUUAAUAUUUUGAAAAACUUACCUUUGUAAACCCUCUAGCAAUAAAGGUGUUAAAAAUAUAUUAA